GGUGUCUUGGGGCACAAGGACGUGUGUAGAGUAUAUGCAAUAGAAAGGAAAGUGUCAUGAUUCCCACAGCCAAAGUGUACUUCCCAUAACAUUUGCAAAUUCAACAAACUCCAAAUUUCACUCUCUCGUUGAUAGAUUGGUGUAAAAGGAGAAAUGGGAAGACUUUUUUUGAUCAAUCUUGAAGGAAACUUCUAUAGUUGCAAGCAUUGCCAGACACAUUUUGCCCUUGUUGGUGAUAUCAUUUCCAAGUCUUUCCAUUGCAGGUACGGAAGGGCUUAUCUUUUUGACAAAGUUGUGAAUGUCACCAUCGGAGAAAAAGAAGAACGGAUGAUGAUCACAGGAUGGCACACUGUCGUCGACAUAUUCUGUGUUACAUGUGGGUCCAUUGUUGGGUGGAAAUAUGAGGCUGCUUCUGAGAAGAAUCAGAAGUACAAAGAAGGAAAGUUUAUCCUUGAAAGGUAUAAGGUGAUGGGGCCUGAUGGAAGCCUCUACUCGCCUGAUCAAGAAGAUGCUGAAGAGUGAAGAUGCUUGAUUUUCUUACUUCAGGAUCAUUUCAUUUUGAAUUGUACAUUCUUUAUGCUUCAUCAUGUAGUUAAAAUCUGCUAUUUUGGAAUUGGAACUGGGAUAUUUGCAAGACCACUCAGAUAGAAUUUGGAAAAUUGCUAGUAUUAGCUACUUCAAUUGGGAAUCAGCAUUUAUUUUUGCAUCUGU